AUGGAGUGGAAACUGGAGCGCACCGCCCCGCGGAGGGUCCGGACAGAAGAAGAGAUACUGUGGGAGAAUGUCAUGCGGGUGUUCGCCAAAGACCUGAAGCAGAAGAGCAGUCCACGUUCUUCCAAGGUGUUUGAUGAAGUUAAGCCCACAUAUUCUAGCUUCAAGAGCAACUUUGUGAAGAGGCUGUCGGUGGAGGGUCCCAUUGCCAGUAGCCCAAUUACCACUAGAUGGCGGCAAAGCCAAACCAGGGAUCUGGCAGCCUGCUCCUUUGGGGAAGAGCUUUCAACCACUUACCUCCCAGAAGAUUCUGGAUCCGUGCUGAAGAUAACGCCUGAGAAAGAGACUUUGAUUCUAGGAUCCUACCAAGAACCACUGAAGACACCCAUCAAAGGGACUUUCGAAACAAGUAACUCUUUCCAUUUUUGCAAGGAAGCUCAUGCGAUGGAUGGAGACUGGAAUGAAACUGUUGCCUCAAAAGGCCGGAAAUGCCUAAACCAGCUAUUUUCGACCCAGAAGGUGGCUCAGUGGGUUAGUGGGCAAAUGCAGCUCUGUGAGCAAUCUCAGUGUGCCUGGAAAGGCUGCAGAGAUGGAGUCAGAGAUGAAUCCUUCUAUCUUAAAAGAUUCAGGAAUCUAGACUAUUCCAUACUCCAACCAGAAGUGAAGAUUCAUCUUACUGGUCUUCGAAAUGACUAUUAUCUAAAUACUCUAGAUUGGAAUUUUCAAAAUCUAGUUGCUAUAGCCCUUGGAUCCUCUGUAUUCAUCUGGAAUGGGGAAAACUACAAUGUGAUUGAAAAUAUAGACCUACCUAUCAAUUGUAACUAUAUAUCUUCUGUGUCCUGGGUAAAAGAUGGAAACUGCCUGGCAGUUGGCACCAGCGAGGGAGAAGUACAGGUAAUGGGCAGUUUUUUUUUUUUCCCUCAAAAUUUAUGGGAUGUGGUAACUAAAAAGCAGCUGAGAAAUAUGCUUGGUCAUUUGUCGGUGGUUGGGGCUCUGAGCUGGAAUGACUGUAUUCUCAGCAGCGGGUCGAGGCUGGGCCGUGUUUAUCAUCACGACGUUCGGGUCACCCAGCAUCACGUUGGAACACUUCACCACAAGCAAGCUGUCUGUGCUCUCAAGUGGUCCCCUGAUGGCAGGCUGCUUUCCAGUGGCUGUAGUGAUGGACUGCUGACGAUAUGGCCCCAUGACCCGGGUGCAAAAGCCCAGGUUCAACCCCUGAAAGUCAUAGCCCAACCUACAGCAGUCAAGGCCAUGGAUUGGUGUCCCUGGCAGUCUGCAGUCCUUGCUGUUGGAGGCGGCAUGGAAGAUGGACACUUACAUGUCUUGGACAUAAAUACUGGGCAAAGCAUCCAGACCCCAAGCACAGACUCACAGAUUUGUUCCCUAAUUUGGCUACCUAAGACAAAGGAGGUUGCAAGUGGCCAAGGUAGUCCCAAGAAUGAUGUGACUGUGUGGGCCUGUCCUGGUCUGUCCAGGUCACGUGGAUUUUUGGAUUGUGUGAAUGUUAUUUGGCAACAACAAAACACCCUUAACAGAAAGACUUCCUGCUCCUGUCUGGUCUUCCUGGUCUGUCUGACCUCAGAACGACUUUGA